AUGUCCCUCCCUCAUCGAGCAUGGUACAUCUCGAAGUCGGGGUGGCCACACGCAGCGAUAGCUCUCACCGCGGUGCUCUGGGCGGCUGCCUCACGCCUCUCUCAACCGGGCGCGCAGUCUCACUCGAGAACUCUGCUCAUGGUAUGGAAAUACGAGCUGCCCAUCCAGGCUACCAGAAUCGCCCCCAUAGCGCUGCUCGCCGUCGCGCACGCGUAUCGCGACGCCGCCAUACUCGCGUACGGCCUCACGCUCGGUCUCGCGAGACACGCGGGCAGCCCAGCACGGAGACGCUCCAGCCUGCACCAGGUCAACUUUGUCUACACAGCUGUGUUCUGCCUGCAUCUCGCAGCGCGAUAUCUCCCCUGUCUUCGUCGAGACACGCACUGCCACCACAGCCCCGUGGUCACGGUGGCAACCGUCUUCCUGGCCCUCCAUGUCGUCCUCAUCGCCGUGACGCCGCACCGUCUCAGCGGUAGCUCGUCGCCCGAAGAGGAGUGUAGCUUGCUUGGGUCCUGUACGUAUGCGUGGCUGGACCCCGUCAUUUGGAAAGGCGUGACCAAGAGGUUGGACAUGUCUGGCAUGCCCGCCCUGCCCUGGUACAAUGACCCCAAACUCCUGUUCCGCCGGCUGCAGAGCGCUCGUAGAGUCUCCCGAAACACUUUUCGCGCAAUCCUGCGCUUCCAGGGCAGGCAUAUCAUGCUCAUGGCCGCAUGGAGCAUGGCCGCCCAGUGUUUUGACAAUGUCGCUCCCUUUAGCAUGUUCAAGCUCCUAGAGUACCUGGCAGACCCUGAUGCUGCCGUCUACAAGCCAGGCGUGUGGCUCGCUCUUGUAUUCCUCGGCCCCGUGGCCAGGUCACUCUGCCACCAGCAGUACAUCUUCAAUUCGACGCGCCUCGUCGUCCGCGUCAAGUCCGCCAUGACGCAGGAGCUGUACAGCGUCGCCCUCUCCUCGAUGCAAGCUGACACCUCGACUGGAAGGCUUCUCACCCUCAUGGCAGCAGACAUCGAUGGCUUCCUCCGGGCGCGCAGCUCGGUCAUGGCACUUGCAGGGAUUUCCACAGGAACCCUCAUCUCGUUCGUCGGCAUGUAUCGAAUGUUUGGCUGGCCGUCGCUCGUUGGCAUGGCGAUUCUGCUUCUGGCCAUCCCCGUUUCCGUGUGGCUUGGCCGCCAUAUCUUCAAGCGGCAGAGGCUGGCGCGAAAGGCCCAGGACUCGCGAAUAUCAUUGAUAGCAGAGUAUCUGUCUUCGAUCCGUGUCGUCAAGUACUUUGCCUGGGAAGAAUAUAUCAACGCCCAAGUUGGCGCACGUCGCGCUGACGAGCAGAAGGAUCUCUGGCGCGUGGCGGUUCUCCAAGCCCUCGCCAACCAGAUCACCCAAAUCUUCCCUUUCUUGGCGCUGCUGAUCAUGUUUGGCUUGCACGUCGGCCUCCAGAACAAGCCACUGACGGCUUCGAUUGCCUUCACCACCUUAUACCUGGUGAGGAACCUGCGCAGAAACAUUUUGCAGGCAAGCCAGGUCGCCCGAAACGUUGCCGGGGCUCUUGUGUCCUUGGAGCGCCUGGAUGAGUACUUUGACACGGCAGUCCUCAAACCGAGGCUUCCGCAGGGACCCCUUCGAAUGCAGAAUGCCACGGUUCGUCGGCAUGAGCUGGAUCCCGGACUGAAAGACGUGUCCAUUGACUUUGUCGAGGGUGGCCUGAACGUGGUAUCUGGAAACAGUGGGAGUGGUAAGACGACACUUUUGCUGGCUAUUUUGGGCGAGAUUCAACUCAUGCAAGGCUCCAUAACCGCCCCCGAAGACAUUGCCUAUGCUCCACAGACAAGCUGGCUCCAAAAUUUGUCCAUCAAAGCCAACAUUGUCUUCGGGGUUGAAUUCGACCAGCCAUGGUACAACCGCAUUGUCGACGCAUGCCGCCUCCGGAUGGACCUUGCUGGUUUGCCAGAGGGAGAGAAUACCCUUGUUGGUGAGAAUGGCGCUUCAUUAUCGGGCGGUCAAAAGGCACGUGUAGCCCUGGCGCGGGCACUGUAUUCCCGGGCACCUCUCCUCUUGCUGGACGACAUAUUCUCAGCACUGGAUGCCAAGACGGCGGCCGUCCUCCACUAUAUGCGCUACUUUGGACAUCCUCUGUUCACCGUGGUCUGCCUGGCAUGUCUUGCCGGGUGCGGAUUACUGACGUUCGUCAGCGCGUACUGGCUGUCGAUCUGGGUUGAGGCGUACCGGCAUCAGGGCCAUGUCAAUGCGGCGUACUAUCUGGGUAUCUACGCCGCCUUGACAGUCUCGGAAAUUGCGCUCUUUGCCUCACUGAUCAUCCUGUUCGAAUGGGGCGGUUGGCGCGCAGCACGCAUGCUGCACGGGGAGUUCAUCGGGGCCGUCACGCGCGUGUCUCUGUCUUGGUACAGAACCAUACCUGUCGGACGGGUGACGAACCGGUUUGCAGGCGACAUGGCGUCGAUCGACAACUCACUCAGCAGCGUGCUGCGCCUCAGCCUCGAAUCACUGAGUCAAUUGUUCUUCCGUCUGGCCGCCGUCAGCUCCAUCAUGCCCAUCUUUAUGUUGCCAGCGCUGUGCACGUCGCUAUGCGGCAUCGUGGUGGCGGAAAUGUACACACGGACAGCGGUUAUUGUCAAGCGGCUCACGUCAUCGUCGCAGAGCCCCGUUUUCUCACAAUUUGCCGAUACACUGGCCGGCAUGUCGGUGAUCCGCGCCCGAGCUGGCAUGGCACGGUCGUUUCAGGAGGCCCUUGCGCAGAAGAUGAGCAUCUACUCCCGUGCUUUCGAGACUAGCCUUGAUUGUAAUCGCUGGGUGGCCGUGCGCGUAGAUUUCAUCACGAGUCUCGUGGUCUUGCUGGCCGGUAUCAUUGCUAUUUCGAAAGCCGGUGUGAUCGGAGCCGGUCUUGUGGGGUUCUCGCUCUCCAAUGCCAACGACUUGAGUACGACCAUCUUGGUUCUCGUGCGAAGCCUCAAUGACCUAGAGGUUGAGAUGCAGAGCUUCCAUCGCGUCAGGGAGUAUGUGAAACUAGUCCCCGAGGAACAGGACGACAAACCCUAUCCGGAAGAAGGGUUAUACAGUGACGGCCCGUGCGUGCCAAGAGACUGGCCGUCAUCCGGCGAGGUCGAGUUCCGGAACGUGACGGUGCGCUACUGUGAGGACGGGCCAGAUAUUCUGAAGGAUGUGAACCUCAAAUUUAGGCCCGGGGAGCGUGUCGCUAUCGUCGGGCGGACAGGUUCGGGAAAGAGUACGAUUCUGUACGACGGGCUUGACAUUACCAAGGUGCCUCGACAGCGUCUCCGCAGAGCACUCACCGUUAUUCCGCAAGAAGCGGUCCUCUUCACUGGGACGGUAGGUUCAAACAUGGAUCCUUCGGGGCAGACGUCUGCCGAUGCUCUGCAGCGAGUUCUGGACUACUGCCAUUCUGUCGCCUCCUUCGAUGAUGCUGAGGCCGAAAGUGCCAUCCAGCUGGACACUGCUGUCCAGGCCGGAGGCGAGAACUUUUCACACGGCCAGAGGCAGGUUUUGUCUCUGUGCCGUGCCAUAUUGCGCCAUAAUCGACUGAUGCUGUUUGACGAGGCCACGGCCAAUAUGGACUACGUGACAGACGAAGGCAUACAGCAGAUCUUGCGCGCGGAGCUGGGCAAGGAAAGUGAACGUACGCUGGUGACCGUGGCGCAUCGUCUACGCACAGUGAUAGACUACGAUCAGGUGGUCGUGAUGGGUGCAGGGCGCGUUGUCGAGGUGGGCAGCCCUCGGGAGCUUUUCGCAGCAAAGGGGCCGUUCCACGAGAUGAUUCAGCACAGCGGGGAGAGGCACAUGCUGGAGGAGUUCUUGCGCAAACAACAGGGGCAGGACGGGGUCGGUCAAGAAGAGGCAUUCUCGUUUGGAUGCGACAGUAUUACAGAUAGCCCAACACUUUCAUUUCCUACAUUGCCAUAG